UCCAUGUGCCAGCAUGGUGUUAGCCUGCAUGACUUGGCCGCGUUCUCUGAGCAUGACUUGCACACGAUGAUUCAGCCUAUUGCCGCCUUUUGAUUCAGAAAUCGCAAGUCGCUUCACAGGAGACCUUACUUGUGCUAGUGCAAAUCUGUGAAUAGUGUUUAUCUAAUGGAUUCCAUAAAGAUACUUUCGUGCUCAGAGAUAACGAGAAGUAGGUAUACGAAAUCACCGAACUCAUCGUCUUUAUCUCAUGGAAUUCAUUUCAGCUGUGAGAGCCUGUACUCAUGGCGGACCCGUCCUCAAGUAUCCCGGCUAUGGUGACCGAGGAAUUCGUGAAAACUGUGAUCGAACGGGACACGGGGCAGGCGGGGAUCAAGGUGGAGGAUUUCACGUGUGAGAGAGGCACGGACGGAGGGGAGAACUUCGCCACCCUCAUAUUCCGCCUCGCCGUCCGAUUCGGCUGUGAGGGGCAGGAGGUUCAGACGAGGAGUUUUCUCUGCAAAUUCCCUCCCGUUCAGCCCGGGCAUUUGGAGAUAACCCGUGCCACGCAGAGCUUCGACAGGGAGAUGUACUUCUACAAUCAUAUUGUACCUCUUAUGUCGAAAAACGACCGGAUCCUGCCAGAUGUGCCGAAAUGCGUCCUUGCUGAGCCGUCAGCGAUCAUUAUGAGGGACCUGAAGGCAGAAGGCUUCAAACUCCCCAAUAAAUUCCGAGGUCUGCAAUCGCACGAACUCGAUGUGGUGAUGAGGACAUACGCUAGAUUCCAUGCUCUUGGCCUGAAAGUCGUGACGGAAGACGCAGAAGUUUCGUCGCAAGAGCUACUCAAACAUUUUGCGUUCGGGAAUGUGCCUGGGUUCUCCGACUUUGUUCGUCAGAGCCUGAGAAACCUCGUUUGGCUCCUGCCUGAAGACCUGGGCCGGAAGGUGGAGAAGUACAUUGGGGCGCACGGUGGGGGCCCUGAGAGGUUCGAAGAAGUCUUUCGCAGGCCGGGGAAGCUGACUGGUUUGACGCAUUUGGACAGCUGGUGCUACAAUAUGUUGUUCAAGUACGAGGAUGAAAGAGCGACGGAAAUGCGGAUUCUGGAUCUGCAGCUGCUAUCGUUGGGAAAUCCCAUUCGGGACCUCGUUAACAUUUUCUACUGCAGCGUGGAUUCCACGGUGCGUGUCACCAUGGAGAAACAUCUGAAAUCAUACCACGAAACACUGCUUGCAUCCACCAAGGAGCUGGAUCUCAGCCUGGACUACCCCUAUCCCACCUUCUACCAGGACUUUCUGAGUUUAAGAGAAUUCGGAUUCCUGCAGGCAGCCAUGGUAGUACCGAUCUUCCUGUCUCAGGACAUUCCGGACAUGGAAAAGGAGGAUUUGACGAUGGAGCGAUUCGGAGAUGUCCACGGAGCCUCCAUCGACAGUGAGGAUCUUGUCAAACAGAGGCUAUUGGAUGUCGUUCGGGAAAUGGUGAAGGGUGGUGUCAUUUGAUUGUUUUUUUUUUGCUUGCAAUCGGAUUGCAGCUGAACGUAUAUAUAUUUUUUAUGAAGGGGAC